AUGCAAGCUAUAAAGGAAAAUGCAUCCAAUGCAACGGCUUCAGCCAAAUCUGGGUUGGAAAAGGUCAAAGCCAUCGUCGAAGACAAGUUGGUGAAAACGAAAGGUAAUAAUAGUAAUGACGCUAAGCAGGAAGAAACGGUGAGCCCAAAGAAAGAGGUGAGGAUGGAGCAGGCGGAACUCGAUGAAGAAGAGGCACGCCUACACGAUGCUGUGACCAAGCAUAUGGGAGGAGACGGUGGAUUCACGGCUGCAGGUACUGAUCUUAACUCUCAAGGUGGGUGGAUUCCCAUCUAUCCAACCGCUGCACAUUACAAUGGAGCUCGCAGUUUUUCUCUCAAGUAG